AUGCCCAGGAACGAAGUGGGGGAUAAUACUAAAGCUAUAGGGGAAGCUCACCCCAGUCAACAUAAGCUGCCUGCUACUCCCUUCCCAAAGUUCAACCCAAGGGAUGUGGAGAUCUUUAUAAUUGAAGCUGAAGCCUGGUUCAUGUUCAACCAAGUCUAUGACCAUAAGAGCAUGAUUCAUCAUACUGGCUCUCAGUUGGAAGGUAACACUUGCAAGUGGUGGACUUCCAAGUUAAGGAUUGAUUGUGAAUGGCAGAGAAGGCUAUCCCAGGACUGGCAGUACUUUAAACAGUGUUUGACUGAGCAGUACAACCCUUGCAACCCCAGAGUCAAAGCAUAUAACAAGCUUCUCAAUAUCCAACUCACAAGUGCUGCACUGGGUGCAGCCACACACCAUGUCAAGUGA